GCCUUCCACGGCUUGGUCCUCUUCAAUUGGCAAUUCCUCCGUCCGGAUUUUUCCAUCGCCUAGCACUUUGUGGCGUCAUCCGCUCCCCUACAGUACCACCCCUGCUCCCUGCGACACGCGCGCGUACCAGUCUGUUGGUACCAACACCACCACCCCGCGCUCGACCAGAAUUUUCCUCAUAGUCAUUUUUCCUUUGCAACGUCUGGGCAACAGGGUCGAUGUUCCGGUCGUCUUCAUGACUGUGAUAUUAGGAUCAUCCCUCUCAUGCCGCUGACCUAGAAUUCCACCCGCGGCUUGAGUUAGGAGGAGCAUCCCACGUGCAAAAUUCGGGCCGCAAAUCAGCGUCACCAUGUACAGACACUCAGCACAAGUCAAAUGUGUGCACAGGAACGCCUUGCCGUCCCCUGAAAAUACAAGCGAUUCCGAAUCCGAGAUCGUCGACAUUCUCGAGCAGAAAAGGAGGCAGUUGGACGAAGAAGUCGCAAAAUUCAAGGCCGCCAAGGAUCGCGAAUUCCGCGACUUCGAGAAGGAUUUACGGUCACGGAGAAGGUCUCGCGGCUCCUGUGAAACGUCUCCCACCAAGUCUAGUAGCUCCUCGACUACCAACUCCGCUGUUUUGAACUUGUUGGGCUCGGUGCAAAAUGGCUCUACAAACGGCUGGGCAGGGCGUAAGCAGAAGAGAUCUUCCGGAGAUGGUGUUGGGGACAAGAUCACAAAGUCGAUGCCGCUGAGUAAACCAACACUGUCGCUGGACAAACUCAACAUCACGGGCGACCUACCCUCUGUACAUUCAUUAGGAACACCACCAACACCAUCAUUUCUGCCUAAGCGAUCACCUUCGCAUGGACCGGCUACCAGCACGCCCCCACGCCCCGAAAACAAGCAGCAACCUCCAACACCUGGGACCGAUCGAACCCGAACGGACGCUUUUGCUGGGGUGUUCACCCCGGCUUAUCUACCACUUCUAGACUCCCGGGACCAGACCCCUGUGCUUGCACGGAGUCCACAGCCCCUCACACCCAACGAGGAGGAAGAAAAACGCCUGCAACUCGACGCUGACACCAAGAAGGAAGCGGAAAGACAAAAAGCAAAACUACAGUCCUCGCAGUCUUUACCGCCGCAACCGGUGUCGCCGACGGUUGUGGCGACAAAACGUACCAACUCGGAUCCUCAGAUACCCAGUACCAGUCUCCCGAGCGCUCUGAGGACAUCGAGUGCAGGUCACGGUUAUAAGAAGAAACAUGUCACCUUUCAAUUAUCUGACUCCAAGGUCGUGGAGCCCAGUAGUAGUUACGAGGAGUCCCCAGGAGGUUCAGGUUUUAGCCCGACGAAAGACUUGAGAUUUCGGCAAACAGUCGAGGAUGUCGACGCAGAAGUCCAGGUGCAGCAAGUCGAGGAUAAAGACAAAGACACAAGUCCGGAAGGAAAAGGACGACGACGGAAAACCUUGCGCGAGAGGAGACGUGGGAAGAAUGGCAAAUUUCUCUCGCCGAUGCCCUCUCCACUGCCGAGCCCAGCGCCGUCGCCGACCAUCAAUGGAGAUAAUAUAGUGCUUGCGUCGCCUGAAGAAUCUGGAUUCACCGGCGGUCUGGUAGCCUCUGAAGAUGGCGGGAGCGGCGUCGGGUUCUUCGAGCUUGAUGAAGAAUUGGCGAGUCCUGGGAUCCGGGAAAAGGCCUUCGAAACUGAGAUGGAGGCUGGAACGCUUGAAGAUGUGGAUCUUAAUGAGAAGGUUGAGAAGGAUAAAGACAGCUCGGAGUUGCAGUCAGGCAGUUUCGCUGCAGGCAGUGUGCCGAUUAAUAUUGUCAGGCCUAGUGGUCUGAUGACGCCUAGUUGGGUGGGCAGUUUUGGACAUUGAUUUUGGAUUGCUCUACAAUUUUUCAAAGAGUUGGAGGAAAUCAUAGAUGAAGAGAAAGGAGAGAUACAGGGUGCAUAAAUGGAUUGGGGUGUAUAUUAAAAAGCAUAUGGGCGGCUUUUGUGAGCGAAUCUGGUUUUAUUGGAAUGUUGAUACGCAGUGGUGGUGAUGAAUACAGUCAUCUAUGCAGAAAAUAGUCAACGACAUCAGUCGUUGGAGACGGUGUGAUAAUACAGAGUGAAUGACUUGAUCAUAUACCAUGCU